UUGACUUAUUGUAACAAAGGUCACGGUUUCUUGAAAAGCUCAGGCGACUGGUUAGCUUGAAAUGACUCCUACUUCCUCAGCACCUAAAGAAUACGAUUCGAAAAGGGAUGAAGAAGACCGGAGUUGCCAGACCCCAAACUAGUAGGAAAGUAUAUCAGAGAGAUUGGGAACCCAUGAUUAUUGAUAUUGUUCAUCUGAAACAAUCUUUCUAAAAUAUCAAGACCUAAAUUCUUUUUUAAAAGGAAGAAACUUUGUUAGGUGCAAUCUAAAUGAAUCGAAUUUAAUAUUCUGAAGAAUCUGUGAAUUGAAUAAAUUAUGAUUUUAAGUAUUAGUGUAGCUAAAUUGAUUGUGAUAGUGGAACUAACAUUUUAGAAUGUUCUAAUGGGAAUAUAUUAGCAUCUGGUAGUACAUUUUAAUUGGAUGUUAAGAUAAGUGAAGCAAAUUCAAUAUACAUAACUACUAUAUCCAUCUAAUUUAGGUUUUUGCUGACCCUUUAUACUAUUAUAGUUGAAG